AUGGCGCAUCACCAAAGGAAUUCAUCGAUAGCAUCUUCUACCAAGACGGCCACGCCGACAGACAGCUGGGAGUCGUACUUUGACUCGUGGAGGACGGAGGACGGCGACGUCCCCGACAUGGCACCACCCCGUGCGCCCACCAUCAUUGAGCCACUGAUAGUGGAUGAUGACCUCUACCACCCCGAGAGCCUCCUGAACGCCCAAUUCAACCUGGACCGAGCCCUGGAGUUGGAGCUGGAGUUGGACUGGGAUUUCCAGGACUAUCACCAUGACUACCAGGACAGGUGCUCGCCCAAGGUGUUUGGGAGAUUGAACGACGCCAAUCCGGCCAACAAACGGCAUGCGAUUUGCGUCUCAAACCGACGGGCUGCAGCAGCGGGAUAUUGUCAAGGCCAGAGUCGAAGAGAUCGUCGCCCAGUCACAUUGUCGACACCCAUGGCGCCAAUAGCCACCCGGCCUGAUGACGUUGAGCGGAUGGCAAAUAUGGGGAUGACCCAGCCUCGUCAACCAUUCGCGGCAAGGCAGGAGGAGACAGGCAGAUCUGGCCACACGAGCCACGGCGGCUUUGCGAGGCGGGCCCUGCAUGGGCGCCGGUCGGACUAUUGUUUGGAGAGCUCAAGCAGCAAAAGGCCACACAGGACGCUGCAGCGCAAGGAGCAUUUCAACGGAGGCUUGGGAAACCCACAGCAGGCGGAGCCACCUCCCUAUGAUCUCAUCACCCCGGCGCCCCCCCCGAUGCCCAUCCCGCCCUUGCCAGCCCCUAUUACGCAGCACCGACACACCAGUGGGAAGUACCAGUCGCCCAGCAGUCACCCACCAGUGGAAGCUCGAGACCCGGCCUGUGGCCCUGUGCAGAGCUACGUCUUUACCUAA